AUGUGGUGCUAUGCUAUACUUAGAUACACUAACACUCCCACCUUCAGCACUUAUACCAGUACAAUAUCCCGCUACCAUUUUAUUUGCUUAAAUAAUAUUUCAUACAAUGUAAACAUACAUGCCCGUUGUUACUUAUGUUACCGUAUUUUUAAACAUUUCUCCGUAAUAGCACGUACACUAAGGAUGAAGCGAAUACGCCUUUCAAAACAAUGUGGCCUUUUUUUCUCUGCCGCGGGUAUUUCUCUCUUUCUCUUCAUUGUGGCAAUAAUGUACACUAGUGGCAUCACUCCUUUUAUGGACUUCAUUAUUAAACGCACUGUGAAACUACACAGAGUUCACAACAGUACACCUGUUCCCUUGCCUAAGAACACAUCCUCCCUUGAUGAGUCUCUGCGCUACAUUCCACACAGUACAGUACAGACAUGGAAGGAGAGGGAC